AUGACGUUUUUGCCAGUGGGCGCAUCUUUAUUUGCCAGUAAUAUUGGCAGUGGACAUUUCAUUGGUCUGGCAGGUAGUGGAGCUGGUUUUGAAUUAAAUGCGAGUUAUGUGUUAGUGAUUCUCGGUUGGGUUUUUCUACCUGUUUAUAUAAAAACUGAUGUUUUUACAAUGGCAGAAUUUUCAAAGAAAAGAUUCGGUGGUGAUAGAAUUCGUCUUUAUCAAACUGUUCUAGCUUUGAUACUUUCUAUAUUUACUAAAAUAUCAGUUGAUCUCUAUUCCGGUGCUAUAUUUCUUAAUCAAGCACUUGGCUGGAAUAUGUAUGUAUCAGUUAUUGCACUUGUUGCUCUGGCUGCUGUAUUUACCAUUGGCGGAGGAUUAUCUGAUGUUAUUUGGACUGAUUUUAUUCAAACAAUUAUUAUGAUUAUAAGUUAUGUUAGAGUAGGUGGUUAA